CACGCGCACUGUACUGCUCAAGACUGCACUGCUGCUGUAUUCUAUUCACAUUGUACAUAGACCUACUGCACAUUGCUCUAGCUGGCUGUAAAUUUAUAUCUUACUUGCCAACCGGUAAGCCAUCAAAUCGCAUCUUGGAAAAUAGGUUUGACGUAGGGUUUGGCAGAGUAACCUUCAUACCAGUACUACUUGAUCAUGCUUGGUGUCAGAUCUCUCCGUGGCGGCUGCCGAGGACGUGAGGCGGUUCGCAUCUUUUCGCGGAUGUUUCAACGGCUCGCACCAAGUGGUGGCCGUCAGCUGACUGUGUCCUCGCACAUGUCAUCCUCUGCUCAUCCUGCUCCAGGUGUAGCUGAAGCAGAUGUAGCGGAACAGUCGAUCGAAUCGUCUUCCAACUACGCCCACGAGACAAGAGCCGUUAAUUCCAUGGCGAGACGGCAAUGCCCCGUAUGGUCGCAUAACGAAUGGGACCCUUUGGAAGAGGUGAUCGUCGGCCGUGUCGAAGGCGCUAUGGUACCUCCUUUCUCAACCGAGGUCAAGGCCAAUACGUACCAGUAUCAUUGGGACUUCUUCGAGAAAAAUGGAGGGAAAGCCUUCCCUGCUAAACAUCUCGAGUUGGCCCAUGAAGAAGUUGAAGAAUUCGUCCGGAUUUUAGAGGCCGAGGGCAUCACAGUUCGCCGUCCCGAAAUCUGUGAUUUUUCGAAAGAAUAUGUCACCCCCGAUUUCCGUUCUAGUGGUCUUUACUCAGCGAUGCCACGCGAUGUCCUCCUCGUCCUGGGAGACGAGAUCAUUGAAUGUCCGAUGGCCUGGCGAUCUCGCUUCUUUGAGUUUCGUGCUUUCAGACCCCUGGUCAGAGAGUAUUUUAAACAAGGUGCCCGAUGGACAACCCCGCCUAAGCCACUCAUGAAUGAUGAGCUCUACGAACAGAAUUAUCCCAUGGAUACUGUGGAAGACCGCCAUCAUUUGGCAGCAGAAGGCAAAUUCAUCACCACAGAGUAUGAGCCUUGUUUUGAUGCAGCUGAUUUCAUUAGGGCGGGAAAAGAUAUAUUCGUCCAGAGAAGCCAGGUAACCAACAAAUUUGGCAUCGAGUGGAUGCGACGUCAUCUAGGAGAUCGUUAUCGCCUUCAUGUUCUGUCUUUCGAUGAUCCGAAUCCAAUGCAUAUUGAUGCUACCUUCAACAUCAUAGGGCCUGGUCUAGUUCUAUCUAACCCAGAUAGACCGUGUCAUCAGAUAGAACACUUUAAGAAAGCUGGUUGGACUAUCAUCAAACCACCAGCUCCAGCCAUGCCGGACAGCCAUCCAUUGUGGAUGUCAUCCAAGUGGUUGUCCAUGAACGUCCUCAUGUUGGAUCCCAAGCGCGUGGUCGUUGACAGCAACGAAGUUCCCACCAUCAAGAUGUUCGAGAAGCUCGGCAUCGAAUGCGUCAAGGUAUCCCUUCGCUUCGCCAACUCACUGGGUGGGGGCUUCCACUGCUGGACCAGUGAUAUUCGACGCAGAGGCAUACUUGAAACCUACUUCUAACAGUAUUACUAAUCGGUAUCAGACACGAUUACUUGUUACGUGUUUGAUACAGCUAUGUACAGGUCUAUCUGGGUUUCAGAAGUCUGUCACUUCAUUGCAUCGGUUAUGUUCACUCUCGGUUUGGGUUUGUAACCACCACAGCUGCAAUUUUGUGUAAAGGAGGUUUGUGUGUGUGACAUUCCGUUUUUUACCUAUUUUACACAACACAAUGUAUAUUUUGUUUCAUAUUGAAUAUGCCAAGUGACUGGUUAUCGACCUUUAAAAAGUUGUUUUUCAUUUGUUUAUCAUGCCUUAUCAAUGUAGUUUUCACGAAAUACAUCAAUCAAAAUUGAUGAACACUUAUAUGUCCAGGGUUACAGGAUUCCAAGAAUGAUGGAAAAGGUCAGUGAUCUGAGAUAAUAAAAUGAGAUAUCGUUUCGGAGUUUGUAAUGGUCGACAGUAAUCAACCGUCUUCCAGAUGUAUCAUUCAGGGGUAGAUGAAUUUUAAUUUUUCUUGAAGGGCAAUCCAACCCUUGUAAUAAUGUAUGAAAGCAGAAAAAUAACAGAAACAGAAGGGCGAAAGUUUGAAAUGAAUCGGACCAAUAGAAAGGAAGUUAUGAAUGUUUGAAAUAUGACAUCCCUACGUCUAUGCGAAUUUCAAAUUAGUAUUUUGGUCAGUGGGUUGUGACGUAGGACGUGCAUAAUUCACCCAUUUGCCUUGUAUAAAGAUGUCAUUAAUUUCUGUUUUUCUCGUAGGUUCCUUCUCCCUUGGGACACUCCUCAAAAUAUGUGAUAGAUACAUGUAUCAUAUUAUUAUGGGUCCUCUAAAAUGAAAAGACCCUCCUGAGCAAUAAAUUUUAGAAUUUGUUUAGUCAUUUCAUAUGUUGGAACAGAUGGAAAAGUAGUCCGCACUACAUCACAUUGACGCAACCGCUUUAGCCAAGUGCCCAUACGUAUAAUGAUUACAACUUUCCAAAAAUCAUAACUCUCUUAUAUUCAAUCAGAUUUAAUUGAAACUUUCACCUUUGCUUCUCUGACUUAUGUGCUUUCUUUUAGAGUAAUUGUCAAUUUGGGUUGGAUUUCUCUUAUAUAACGUUCUUUAUUCAAAUACUUGUCCAUGUUAUUUUGACGUUCACAAAGUCUGUAUCACCAUGCUAAUGUUAAUUGCAAACUCGAAUUUUAGUCCACGAAAAACGUAAAUAACGCAAGUAUUCUUGUUAAUUUCAUCGAAAGAAAAAAAGGGGUUUCUUGACAUAAGCAAGAUCGACAAUAUCGAAUAUUUUUUCCCAACAAAAUAUUCAGAUAGGCUGUGAAACUUGAAAUGGGAUUGUAAUUUAUAAGUCCAAAUAAAAGUAUUGGUUAUAUAUCGCUUAGAACAAAGACCCUCUGAAUAUCCCUUGGACAACGACACUAAUGUUUCCGGUUAAGAACAUCUAAAAGUCACAGCAUAUCUUACAGCCCGACCAUAACUCAGGGAAGGGGGGGGGGGGUUCACAAAGAUCCUAAGUCUAACUUAACUCUUGGACUUAAACAUUAUGGAGAGCUAUUUAUAGUCUUAAAAUAAAAUAUAUUCAAAAGCAAAAAUGUGAGUAUUUUAGACUUUUCAUAAAUGCAACAUCAAGAACAUGAAAUCUCACUUAUUUGAAUCAACUUUUUGUAGUACCCUUUAAAAUAACUUUUACAAAUUUGUUUCAAAGAUGCUAACGGCUCUCCAUAAUUCUUAAGUCAAACUUACAGAUAAUUUCAACUUAGGAUCUUUGUGAAACACCCCCACUGGACUUCGGAAGAACUAUGGUCUGAUAGCUUCAGAGUACACUAACAUAACCAGUUGGAAACCGGGUCCACUCGAUGACGAAUAGGGGUAGUCUUGCGACAUUCGUGCGACAUGUCUGACACAUCGCCCUGAUUCGGAGCCUAGUGGAAGGCUAAGAAUCCAAUACCCACAAAAAGGACUUUGCCUUGAAUGUCCGAAACCUCCUUCAGGGAUGACUAAACAUUUCUUUACUGUGGUAGCGAAUACUAAAAUGCAAUCUUUUCAAAAUUGGGUUGUGGUUAGGUUGCCAGACCAACGUUGAUCCUUGAAAAUUAUUAAUACUUUUUUACUAGGGCAAAAUUGACCCCUCAGCUGAAAGGGUAAAUUAAAACCAUUUAAUACGUGUAAAAUAAUAUCAACUAAGUAUAUUUGAAGCACAGAUACAUGUAUUUAGCAUUUUAAAAACAAUAAGGGAUGCAACAUGUUUUAAUUACAGAUAAAUGACUCCAUAGUGACAAAGGAGUAAUGGGUGCAUCAUGCGGAAUCAACAAUUCUGUUUUUUGUUUCUUUAAUGCUCAUACAGCAUUUUGCUCCUAUUUAAAUUAAUGAAUAAGCUUACCAUUACCAUUAACGAUAUAAAUGAAUCGAUAAUGAAUGAUUACUUUUUUUCCCCUCAGGUUAUUCUGUGAAAAAAAACGCUUGAUUAACUUCAGGGUUCAGUGAAACAAAGACGUAACUCCAUAUUUUGCCAAAAUGAGUAUUUGAUAUCAAAAUGUUCAGAAAAAUGUGGGCUUUCCAGGAAACACAAAAACUCAAUGGCUAGUGAAACAUAGACUUCAAUCCUUAAGUGCUCAGUGACAACGUCUUUGUGUCACUGACCCCUCGUAUUGUCCAUUUGUUAAAGCCUCUCAAACACGGAAAUCAAAUACUUUAAUUCUAUUGUUUGAAUGGUCCAUCAUACUUGAAUGUAUAAGAUCAGCCACUUCAUGUCACGUCUCGUUGUGUAUCAUCAAAUACCGUCUAAUUCGACCUAUUUCUUUAAAUCUAAGACAUUGUGGAAUCAAUCAGAAACAUUUGAAUACUUGGAAGUUGAAGACUUGCUGAUUUAAACUUUGUAAAACCAAAUCGGUCAUAUAUCUUGUAUACAUAUGUUCUGUAUAUAUUAUGCUUUGUACUCAAGAUGUUGCAAAGUUAUUUCAUGCGUUCACUUGAGAUUCCUAUAGACCUGGUAAAUCGUUGCUGCAUGAAAAAAAUAUAUCUGUUCCUUCAUGAGUAUUGGAGAAAAUGAUAUUUCGAGGGAUUUUAAUGUAUUAUAACUCUUGAAUUUAGAUUAAGAAUUUUGAAAAGAUGUUCAAAUCAUUGCACAGAUAUAGAAAAUGGUUUACCAUGAUAUGAAGGAAGGAUUGUAAGUAUAAUACAGUACCCUAAAUGACCCCACUCGAGAAGAGAUUUUCGUUUAGGCGAAGGUUCCAUCAUAUUCAAUUUGUAGGCCAAUGUGUGCCUUUAUUCAACUGAAAUGGGGUGUUUUUUUUCCCUAAGUGAGGGUUAUAUAUAUUCAAUGAACAAGUCCGUGGGAAUAUUUUUUAUUAGAAACUUGAUGUAUUUGUUCGAAUUUACUUAUGUACUUUGAAAUAAAAAAGGAUGCAGAUGAAUUAUCGAA